AUGGGGAGGAGUGCAUGGAAGUUCAUCUUGGUAAUCUUUGCCUGUGCAUUUUCCUCCUGCUCUGCUGAAGUGGCUCUGGGGGUUGAACUGUCUCCAGAAACCAUAUCCUUCCAUCAGACGGCUACUUCUGCUCAGCCACUUUCCCGUUAUCAUUCUUCAGCCCAUCAAGGCAGCACAGUUCAUUUCAACAGCACAGACUCUCUUAAAACAACACACAUAAGCCAUAGAACAACUGUGCAGACAACAGACCAGCACCAGGUAACAACAGAACCAGACCAUCACACGACAGCCCGGGCAGGAGCAACCACCAUACAAGUGACCGGCCAGAAAUCUCCCGUGGUGGUAUCCACAACAUCAGCAGACAACACGACUGCAGCUGGUCAGGCUACAACCCAGGCAAUCGAAACAGUUACUCCUGCAGCGAAGAACACAACCAUGCACCCUAUGUCCUCAACCAAGCAAGCCAGAACACAUGUGAGCACAGAAAUGACAGCGGCAGCCACAAACACAACCAUAAAACGUACAACAGGAAACACACAAAUGACGGCUGCUGCCCUAACUACUAUACCCACCACCAGGCAAACUGUAAAGCCCACCACAGGGUCAGGAAAUCAGACAACAGCGCCUAAAAGUCCAACAGCCACAGCCAUGAUCAACACAACAACCAUUCGUCCAGGGACUCAAACAACCAUCCCAUCUACUAUGAUGACGGUGAGACCCACUCUUGCACCGCAGCCUUCUCCCAUUCCCACUGGCACAUACACCGUUUCCAAUGGGAACAGGACCUGCAUCAAAGCAGUCAUGGGUUUGCAGCUGAUCGCUCAAUAUACACAGAAGAAGGGGAUGGAGUACAUGACUGUCAACCCCAAUGCGACACAGACAUCUGGAAGCUGUGGGACAGUGCAGUCUGAACUGAACAUAACUUUCAGUGGAGGGUUUAUAAACUUCACCUUUGUAAAGCAAGCUCCAAUGUACUAUGUCAGUAAAAUUGAGGCCAGAUUACAGUUAUCUUCUGAAGGUAUGCUUUACUAUGCAGCCAUACAUGAGAAGAUGUUUACAACAAAGCUGGGGAAUUCCUUUAAGUGUGCUAGCAAGCAAACCUUCACCUUGGAGAAGAACUUCCAGCUACUCUUUGUUAAUAUGCAGCUGCAGGCGUUUGAUAUUGUCGGUAACCAGUUUGGAAAAGAAGAAGAAUGUUUUCCUGAUAAAAACAGCAAAGCAGCUCCCAUUGCAGUGGGCCUGAGUAUCCUGGGAUUGUUUGUCAUUGUGUUUGUCACUUUCCUGAUUUCCAGAAGAAAGCCGCAUAGAGGAUAUGAACGUAUCUGA